AAGGAUGUGGAUAAACCGCAACCAUAACAUCUGACAUGUUCACUUUCAAUUAAUAUCUCUCUCACGGUCCGACCCAACUACCACUUCCUCUGCUUUCAGCCAGUCCUCUUCCUCCAUCCCCAGCAAUGGCGGCUCUCACUUCCAUCGCCACUCUAUCCCCCAAAUCCGUGGCCGUCCCUUAUCAACCUCAGAAGCUUCUGAGACUCUCUCCGAAGCCCGCCCUCAUCUCCUGCCGCCUAGAUUCCUCGUCGGACAAAUCUCACGAAUCAAAGAAUUGGCGGACACUGGUCUCUACUGCCUUGGCCGCCGCAGUUAUUAGCUUCAGCUCCUCCCUUCCUGCAAAUGCUGAUCUCAACAAGUACGAGGCAGAGACUCGUGGUGAAUUCGGGAAUGGGUCUGCCGCACAGUAUGGCUCGGCAGAUCUCAGGAAAGCAGUUCAUGUGAAUGAAAAUUUAAGAAGAGCCAAUUUCACAGCUGCUGAUAUGAGGGAAUCCGAUUUCAGUGGCUCAACAUUUAAUGGCGCUUACCUUGAGAAGGCGGUCGCUUAUAAGGCGAACUUCACAGGUGCCGAUUUGAGCGACACAUUGAUGGAUCGCAUGGUCCUCAAUGAGGCUAAUCUUACGAAUGCAGUGCUGGUGAGAUCAGUUCUCACACGUAGUGAUCUCGGUGGGGCCAUAAUUGAAGGCGCCGACUUCAGUGAUGCGGUAUUGGACCUUACACAGAAGCAGGCUCUUUGCAAGUAUGCGAGUGGCAUGAACCCAAUCACGGGGGUGAGCACAAGAAAGAGCUUAGGAUGUGGAAAUAACCGACGAAAUGCUUACGGCUCUCCUUCAUCUCCACUCCUCAGUGCACCACCCCAGAAGCUGCUCGAUCGAGACGGAUUUUGUGACCCCUCCACCGGCCUCUGUGAUGCAACAAAAUGAAGGAGCAGAUCUGUGACAAGAGAAGCCACACAAAAAGUCUAUUCUAACUUUGUACAUAAGAGAAACUUUGCAUAGUGCACCUGUUUUGACAGAACGUGGGUGUACUGGUAGCAAUAUACAUUCAUGGGAACAGAGUGGGCAAGGAAAAUUACUUCCUCGAGAAAUGAUUUAUGAUCCAACAUACUUUUUAUCAAAUGUCAUCAUCUUUUCACUA